CGUCUCUACAAGUCCCAUCGUGCGCAAGACACGGGUAUUUAGUUGUCAAGUGAAAGACUUACAAGAACUGCUGAAUCACUUGGCAUGGUGGCGUAGCAUUUUGUAAGUAACCCUUGUAAAUAGGGUGGAUGACGUAAAGUCAAUGACUGGACUCGUGGAUUAAUUCGGUGCACACAGUGCCAAGGAACUGGAUAUUUUUUUUAUAUUUUUUUUAGAAGUCAUGGUACCGCAACGAGAUGCACGCGAUCUAAUUUAGUGACAGUUUUAAGCACACACAAGAAAAGUGUGUCAAGUGGAAAGGGAGCUUAUGACAAGACACCGAGGUGAGUCCUUUGUUUAUACGCCGUUGAGGAGACAACAAAACAAAUAAAUAAAUCUUUAGGUUUUGCCCGCCGUUCUUACGCCGCCAUCUUGUUUAUACAGCGAUCAGUUUUGAAGACUGGGCAAGGUUUCAUGGCUGCUAAAUCCGUUAAAUAGUUCAAGUGUCGCAAGAAGGUCAUACGCUCUUGGGCCAUCAUACACACUUGGGCCAUCAUACACACUUGGGCCAUCACACACACUUGGGCCAUCAUACACACUUGGGCCAUCAUACACAGUUUGGCCAUCACACACACUUAGGCCAUCAUACACACUUGGGCCAUCAUACACACUUGGGCCAUCAUACACAGUUUGGCCAUCACACACACUUGGGCCAUCAUACACACUUGGGCCAUCAUACACACUUGGGCCAUCACACACACUUGGGCCAUCAUACACACUUGGGCCAUCACACACACUUUGGCCAUCACACACACUUGGGCCACCAUACACACUUGGGACAUUGUAGCUAUUUUGCUUUCUUAAAAGUAAUCUCCUUCGAGAUAUUGCCUUAAGUGUGUGUGUGUGUGUGUGAGAGGGGGAGGGAGAAAUUGUUAUCCAUCUGACCUCGAUAUGCAGAGCCCUUGUCAUUAUACUUUAUUUCGAACAGUAAUGUCUGUUCUAGUGUAAUCAAUUCUCUGAGAAGUUGACACUUAUGUUUGACCAACCACACCAUUUGGAUUUAAUGACACUUAAAUGUAGUAUGUCCGCGACAGUGAACACAUGGCAAGAAGAAAACAUUACCCUACCACGCAUGACAAGGAAACAUUAAUCUGCCACACAUGACAAAGGGAACAACAUUACUCUGCCACGCAUGACAAGGGAACAACAUUACUCUGCCACACAUGACAAAGGGAACAACAUUACUCUGCCACACAUGACAAAGGGAACAACAUUACUCUGCCACGCAUGACAAGGGAACAACAUUACUCUGCCACGCAUGACAAGGAAACAUUAAUCUGCCACACAUGACAAGGGAACAACAUUACUCUGCCACGCAUGACAAGGGAACAACAUUACUCUGCCACACAUGACAAAGGGAACAACAUUACUCUGCCACGCAUGACAAGGGAACAACAUUACUCUGCCACACAUGACAAGGGAACAACAUUACUCUGCCACACAUGACAAGGGAACAACAUUACUCUGCCACACAUGACAAAGGGAACAAAAUUACUCUGCCAGACAUGACAAGGGAACAACAUUACUCUGCCACACAUGACAAAGGGAACAAAAUUACUCUGCCACACAUGACAAGGGAAUAACAUUAAUCUGUCAAACAUGAAAAGGGAAAAACAUUACCUGCCACACAUGACAAGGGGCAACAUUACUCUGCUACGCAUGACAUGAUGACAUUACUCUGCUACGCAUGACAAGAGGACAUUACUUUGCUAUGCAUGACAAGGAGAUGACAACACUUGAAACAAGAGCGCCGAAACCUUUGAAAACAAAAAUUUUGGUGUGUCGGGGGGGGGGGGGGGCCCCUCCCAAAAUAAUAUCUUCAUAUUGAUUUUUUCGUAAUUCCAUGAAAUUUUGGUUUUAAAAAAUNCAAAAUUACUCUGCCACACAUGACAAGGGAAUAACAUUAAUCUGUCAAACAUGAAAAGGGAAAAACAUUACCUGCCACACAUGACAAGGGGCAACAUUACUCUGCUACGCAUGACAUGAUGACAUUACUCUGCUACGCAUGACAAGAGGACAUUACUUUGCUAUGCAUGACAAGGAGAUGACAACACUUGAAACAAGAGCGCCGAAACCUUUGAAAACAAAAAUUUUGGUGUGUCGGGGGGGGGGGGAGCUCCUCCCAAAAUAAUAUCUUCAUAUUGAUAUUAUCGUAAUUCCAUGAAAUAUUGGUUUUAAAAAAUGACGUCACUCUUAUCAGCGAACAUGAGUUUGUAGCCCUCUGACAUCAGAUCGCCCAGUGCAUGCUAGAAUAGCAUGGACACAAGCACAACACAAGUAAUCAGCCAUCAUCACCAUCAACGUAUAAAGUGAAAAUACGUGAAUGGUGUAACGAACUGCAUUCUAAACAUUCCCCUUCGCUGCCAGUCAACUUAUAUUAUACUAAUUGCACUGCUUAAUGCAGUGGCUCUCAACCUUCCUAGUGACGCGGCAGUACCUCAUGUUGUGGCGACCCCCAACCAUAAAAUUAUUUUCGUUGUUACUUCUAUAAAUAUGUGUUUUCCGAUGGUCGUAUGCGACCCACAGGCUGAGAACAGCUGGCGUAAUGAAAUAGUUUUAUUUAGAAACAUUGUUAACAUAAUAACAGCCUAAAUGCUCUGUCAAUUUUUGCAGUUAAUCUGAAGAAAGAAAAAACAAAACAGCAGAAAGAUGUCGAAGACGUCAUCAGAGACCACAAGAGAUCAGCCACCGGCAAGUGAGGUGGAGCGCCCCAUGCUGGGCAGGGGAAACAAUCCAACCGGAUCAAGGCCGAAACCGAAAUACGGAGCUAACGUGUUAGUCAUGGACAGCGCACAUUCGUGGGUCGUCUGUUUCGGUAAUUAUCGGACGGCGAUCAGAUUUAUGGGGCUACCGGAAAUUUGAUCGAAAGAAAUUUCGUCGACGGCAAAUUGACCGACGGUAAUUUGAUCGAACUGACAUUUGGUCGCAUCUUUUUUUUAGUUCACACGUAAAAAUUCUGUCAAAUUCUUAUUCAACGCUCUUUACUAUAUAGCAAAACAAAAUAAUGCGCUCAAAAAGACAUUUGAAGCAAAAUUUUAACUGAAAUAGAAACUGAAACUGAAAAAAAGAUUCGACCAAAUUUCCGUUCGAUCAGCGGCGUAGCGAGAGUGUUUGGCGCCCGGGGACAAGAUUCGCGCCCGGGGACAAGGUCCAUUUUAAAGCGCCCCGUUUUUCUUUUUUCCAACUCUCAAACCCAUAAUUUUCACCAAUAAAAUAAUAUCAAAGCACAUUUUGGCGCCCCUAACUAGCUGGCGCCCGGGGUCAUCUGUCCCCCCCCCUGCCAUCCCCCUCACUACGCCUCUGCGUUCGAUCAAAUUACCGUCGAUCAAUUUACCGUCGACGAAAUUUCUUUCGAUCAAAUUCCUGUAAACUGUAUACGGAUUUUGUGAUUUGAAAAUUUAAAGUAUUAAACCAACUUUGGUUUCGAAAUCGCAAAUAUUUAUGUGUAUACACUUAGACUGACUUAGGGCAUCCAAUUAUACUAAUGAGACGUGAUCACUCUAUGAUAUUGAUAUUCCUGAUGAAUGUAACUUGUAAAACGCAUUUGUGUUGAGCCACGUAGAAACCAAAGCCAUUUUCAUAUUGCAUCCUAGUAAACCAUUCCAUGCAAGGGGGAAAAGAUUUGUUAAAACGUUGGAUCGCACUGUCUUUAUUCGUUCGUUUCCAGCCAAUGUGUUCAUAUAUAUACUGAACGCCACCUUCGGCCGGGCGAGUCACAUGACAUUCCUGAAUUUCGUGGAAGAGUUCGACGUGUCCAUAACAACAGCUUCUCUCGGCUUCACACUAACGCUGGUGAUGUUCAGUAUUUCUUGUAAGUAGGAAAUGUGAUGUUUGAAUGGUGUCUUGUAAAUAGGAAAUGUGAUGUUUGAAUGGUGUCUUGUAAAUAGGAAAUGUGAUGUUUGAAUGGUGUCUUGUAAGUAGGAAAUGUGAUGUUUGAAUGGUGUCUUGUAAAUAGGAAAUGUGAUGUUUGAAUGGUGUCUUGUAAAUAGGAAAUGUGAUGUUUGAAUGGUGUCUUGUAAAUAGGAAAUGUGAUGUUUGAAUGGUGUCUUGUAAAUAGGAAAUGUGAUGUUUGAAUGGUGUCUUGUAAAUAGGAAAUGUGAUGUUUGAAUGGUGUCUUGUAAAUAGGAAAUGUGAUGUUUGAAUGGUGUCUUGUAAAUAGGAAAUGUGAUGUUUGAAUGGUGUCUUGUAAAUAGGAAAUGUGAUGUUUGAAUGGUGUCUUGUAAAUAGGAAAUGUGAUGUUUGAAUGGUGUCUUGUAAAUAGGAAAUGUGAUGUUUGAAUGGUGUCUUGUAAAUAGGAAAUGUGAUGCUUGAAUGGUGUCUUGUAAAUAGGAAAGGGGAUGUUGGAAUAGGAUCUUGUUGGUAGGAAAUGUGAUUUUUAAAUACGUUCUUGAAAGUAGAAAAUUUAAUUCAUUAAGUCAAAAUGGAACCGGGAACGAUUCGCCACUAUUCGGACCCGGGUUCCAUUAGACUAAAUGCUAUUCGGAUGUCAUUUGUGGCAGUUUAUGAUAGUUAAACUGAAGAAGUAAGUUUACAAACAUAUAGCCCAUUCAAUAAUCCUUCAUUUGUUACCAAAUUUUGUCUUACAAUCUAACAAUAAUAUAUAUAUAUUUUUUUUUUACAAUUUAAUCCCAACCUCUCACUUCUCGGACCCAGGUCCGAAUAGCCACUUCGGUUCUUAAAGAGGUGCCGCCUACGUCUGUAUGGGCUUCUAUUCAGAAUCCUUUUUAUAUUUGACACAGCCAUGCUGGUGACGUCACUGAUCAUCCCCAAGACAAGUGAACGAGUCGCUUGUUUCCUUGGCAACAUCAUCGGGUUCACGUGCACCAUCUGCAUCGGUUUGGCGCCUAAUGUUGCCGUGUACCUUAUAUUUAUGGGUAUAAAAGGUGUGUAAACCUUAUCAGUUAUCUUAGAUAGCCCUACUUUCAUUAUUCCCCCCCCCCCCAAAAAAAAAAUAAUUCACAAAUGAUAAAGAGAAUAAAUUAAGUGGUUAUUUCAAGUUUAAAAAAUGGAGUGUACCUUAUAUUUAUGGGUAUAAAAGGUGUGUAAACCUUAUCAGUUAUCUUAGAUAGCCCUCCUUUCAUUAUUCCCCCCCCCCCCAAAAAAAAAUAAUUCACAAAUGAUAAAGAGAAUAAAUUAAGUGGUUAUUUCAAGUUUAAAAAAUGGGCUUACAAUAAUAUAUAUUAAAUAUAAUUAAUUUAAUAACGACAUACAGUUGACUAAGUGAAAAGAUAGGAUCAUCCAAAUCACAAAUACAUACGACAGUAUUGUCCUUGACCUUGAUAUCGUUAUUUAUAUAUUAUCAUGAUGUUACAACAUAACAGGAAGUGCUUUUGUUUCAUUUCAGUAUGGGAAGGGGAAAUUAUUACAACGGUUACUGGAAAUUUGAUCAAAAGAAAUUUCGUCGACGGAAAAUUGAUGGACGGAACUUUGAUCGAACGGAAAUUUGGUCGAAUCUUUUUUUCAGUUAAAAUUUUCGUCAAAUUUCUUUUUGAACUCACUAUACUUUAUAGUAAAACAAAAUAAUGCGUGCAAAUAAGAAAUUUGAAGCGAAAUUUCAACGCGUGAACUUAAAAACAGAUUCGAUCAAAUUUCUGUUCGAUCAAAUAUACGUCGAUCAAUUUUCCGUCGACGAAAUUUCUUUAGAUCGAAUUUCCGGAUACAGUGUGGAAAAUUAUUACCGAGCACUCUAAUAUUCUAAACGCUUUUCAGCCCCCCCCCCCCACACACACACACCAAAUCAUAACCUCCAAAAAUAUGUCUUCUUCUUCUUUAUUUUAAGGGCCCACGAUCAAUGAAUUGAUCAUUCUGGCUCCUAUGUUAUUCCUGUUUUUCAAGGGAAACAUGAAGAAAAUGAGAUGACACUGAUUUCACGAAAUGAAAUAAUUGCGCUAAAUGACUUAAUGAGACUCUUAAAGAAACAAAAAUAUUAUCUGAAAAUGCAUUUGGUGCAUGGCCUAAUAUUUUCUUUAAAUUUUUUUAGCAGAGUUAUGUCCUCUUGUCAUGCGUAACAGAGUAAUGUCCUUUUGUCAUGCGUACAGAGUAAUGUCGCCUUGUCAUGUGUGGCAGAGUAAUGCUAUUCCCUUGUCAUUUUAAAUAGUUGGUGAAAUAAAUCUGCAGUGUAAAACCGGUUGGGACAUAAGAAUAUAAAUAUAAAAUAUAACCCAAAAAAAUUUGCUUGUAAAGAAAGGAAUCAUCAGAACGACUUUGUAUUUAGAUUUUCAUUGUCCCCCCCCCCCCAAUCCAGGACUUGGUUCCGCCAUGGUAAGUGUGUCGGCCAUCUCUAUGAUAAGCCAGUACUAAUAAAAAAUAACCCCAAAAAAUUUUUUCUUAUAAAAAAGAAUCUCCCCAGCCCCUUUUUUUUUUUAUUUUUUCUUUCCCCCCCCCCCCCCAAUCCAGGACUUGGUUCCGCCAUGGUAAGUGUGUCGGCCAUCUCUAUGAUAAGCCAGUACUUCGACAAGAGGAGAUCGUUCGCCACGGCUGUCGCGGGUUGCGGUCUGGCUGUUGGUUCCAUGGGCUCACCGCCCGUCAUCAAGCUGCUUCUGGAGGUAGGACGCCCUGAGUUUGUCGGACAACACCGCGCGAUGCAGUCCCAAAUGAAAAUAUUAAUUACAAUUUAUGUUGCAUUCAUCGGUUGGAGGUUAACACCUGCUUAGAGUGAAAGGUUUACAAAAAAAAGUUGACAUGGUGCGCUUUACCCAUUCCAACUUUAAUAAAAUUUGUUUUAUUUUAUUUAGCCCCUCCCCCACCUGUCUCUCUCGAUCUCGCUCGCUCAGCCUCUCUCUCUCUCUCUCUCUCUCUUUUCUCUCACCCUCUAUAUAUUUUUUAUAUCUCUCUCCUCUCUCUCAUUUUCUCUCGAACUCUCGUUUUCUCUCUCUCACCGUCUCCUCUCUCUCUCUCUGUCGUUCCCCCACUCCCUUUUCGCUCCCUCCCUCUCUCUGUAUCUCGCCCCGUCCCUCCCUCUCCCUCUUGCUUUCUCUCCAUCUCUCGUCCGCCCCCCUCUCUCUGUAUCUCGCUCCCUACCUCUAUCUCUAAAUCCCGCUCUUUCUCUAGCCCUCUAUCUCUCUCUUGUCUUUCUCUCUCUCUCUCUGUCUUGUUUUUUUCAAUCCCUCGCUUUCUCUCCACCCCCCUCUCUCUCCCCCUCUCUCUCCCCCUCUCUUUCUCGCUCUCGCCUGCCUUAAACUUAUAAACAACAAACAGCAAACACAUUGAAGCAGAGGUUCUUUGGGGUUUGAAAGACCCUUUCUCAAGGGUCGCCUAAGACCACCGGAAAACACGUAUACUCUACAUAUAUAAAGUGGCAACGAAAAUAAUUUUGUGGUUGGGGGUCGCCAAAACAUGGGUAACUGCAUUAAAGGGUCGUGGCAUCAGAAAGAUUGAGAACCUUUGCAUUAAAGCAUAUGCACACAUUUUUGUCGCCAAACGACCACGCACCGUUUUUGAUGAGACCUCUUCUGGCUCAGCUGAUGAUUGCUCGACGAGGGCUCUGUCCAGUGCACUGCUCACCAAGACAAGGGCUCUGUCCAGUGCACUGCUCACCCCGACAAGGGCUCUGUCCAGUGCACUGCUCACCACGACAAGGGCUCUGUCCAGUGCUCUGCUCACCACGACAAAGGCUUUGUCCAGUGCACUGCUCACCACGACAAGGGGCUCUGUGCAGUGCAUUUCUCACCACUACAAGGGCUCUGUCCAGUGCACUGUUCAUCAAGACAAGGGCUCUGUCCAGUGUAUUCCUUACCAAGACAAGUGCUCUGUCCAGUGCACUGCUCACCAAGACAAGGGCUCUGUCCAGUGCAUUCCUCACCACGACAAGGGCUCUGUCAAGUGCACUGCUCACCACAAAAUUUUUUUUAUUUUUAUGAGACUGUCUUCGGUGCAUAAUAGCAGUUAUUCAGCGAAACGAAUUGAAAACUAAAACUCUCUUUUUUUAAAAUAAAUUUUUGUUAAAAAUAAUAUUUUCAUUUUUUUCAGAACUUUGGACUUCGGGGGACAUUUCUGCUAAUUGGUGGCUUUGAGAUGAACAACUUGGGCAUGGCGAUGCUGCUUCGUCCCACGAGCCGCUACACGACCAUCAUCCAUGAUGCGGACAAACACAGCGACGACGACGACGACGACGAUGACGUUAAGGAUGAUAAUACCUCAAACGACGCUAAAGCAUCGGAGUCCCCUCUUAUCAAUGGACACUGUGACGCAAUGGCGUCUGCGCGCAACGUUUUCGAAACAAAUGAACCCGCCAAAAAUAUUGGCGGACGCGAGAUAGUCAAAUCAAGGGCGGCCAUGGAAAUGACUUCACUAUCUCCGAAGACAUCCGAAAAUAAUAUAUUAAAAUCUUGUGACGGCAUCAUCACCGCAACGUCAAUUUCUGAAGCUGAGCAUGGAAUUGUAAACACGAAUGGCGUGUUGCGCGGGAAGGGCAACGGGGGUAAAAACUCGAUUGAAACCAGACAGCUGAACAAAAACAGUGAAGCUGACAAGGAGUUGCUUGAAAGUAGGACUACUGUAAAAACUAGUCAAAGUAAAGAAGAUACGAGUUCUUCGAAUUUAUCAAAGGUUAUUCUAUCGAUACCGGCGGACGCAAGCGUUGAACUGCUCGUAGGUUCUUCGCCAUCCGGAAAGUUGAAGUCAAAGUCUUUUUCAAAUGAUGAGCCAAACGCGAACUCCGUCGGACCUUUUCUGACAACACAGGGGUCCGUCGUGACCACCACGAGUUAUGAAAAGGCCGCGAGGGCUGUCGUUGAGAGAAUGAACUCAGUAGACGCGAGCGGCUCCGCUAAGAAAUCCCUCUACGGAAGCCGGACGGCCAAGGCCAGCAUCUCCAGCACGUGGAGUGUGGUCAGCGCCUCGCUGAACGAAAUGGCCGUGGACGUCGAGCUCAGCCCGCAGCCGCAGAAUCACGCGGACGGCAGGGACGUCGCCAGGUCAAAGGGCGCGGUCACGAGAGCCCUGUACUGGAUGCAUUCCGCUUUCAGCCUCGAGCUCCUGCGCACCUGGUCGCUCAGGAUCCUGCUCAUGUAUUCUUCCGCGGGCGUCAUGCUGCAGUACCUGGCGACCUAUCUCCCCACGAUCGCGCGGAAGGAGGGUCUGACCCCGGACGAGAUUGCGCGCAUGUUGAUCGUGGGAGGGGGUGUGGAUUUCGCCAGCAGGCUGGCCAUCGGAGCGUUCUCCGACCUCAAGAUCUUGCGUCCCACCCAGAUCGUGGUGAUCGCUCAGUUCAUCAUUGGUGAGACAUCGUUGUUAGAAUAGUUCUUAAUCUCCAAACCACCAGGUUGUCGUGAUGAAGUGAUUUGAACUUGUGUUUCAAAAGCCACAGCACAGCCAAAAAAUAUGUUAUAUAUAUAUAUAUAUACAUAAUAUAUAUAUACAUAUAUAUAUAUAUAUAUAUAUAUAAAUAGGGCAAUCUUUAAAAGAAUUGUUAUCUUCAUUGUUCAUAUGUUUAAAUAUAUUGUUUACUUUCCGAGUGAAUCCACAUUUUGCAAAAGCCGUUCCCUUCUCUCAAACCACCCACAUUCUUAUUAUUAGUUUUGUUAAUUUAAAAGUAUUUUAUUUCAUUGCGAUUUUUUUAAAUUUCGAAAAAUCACCUCGUGAUGUUCAUUAUGAUAUAAAUAUUACCGAGCACCUUGCCUGAAAAAACCCCACCCCUAAACAACUGUUGUUCCGUUUCAGGCACCACCUGCCAUUUCAGCAGGUUCUUCAACUCAGCUCCAACUCUGAUGGGACUCACGGUCAUCCUUGGCCUGUUUGGUGGCACUCGCCAGAGUUUGCAGACGCUCGUCUGCUUGGAGUUCAUGGGGCAGGACAAUUUCAGGAGAGCGUACGGCUUCCAGUUGAUGGCAGGGACGCUCACUCUGUCCGUGCACCACCCUUUGCUGAGUGAGUUAUCCAACGUACCAUUUAAACAAAAAAAUUUAAAAAAUUAAAAUUCUCAUGUUCAUUGAUUAGCAAUUCAUUUGAAAAGGACAAUAUGUCUUCUUUGUCAUUUUUUUUUGAAAACAUGUGUAUCAGCAUCAAAGGUAAUAAUAAUUAUUAUUAUUAUUUUGGAGAGAAUUCUUUUACACAGGUUUAAAAUAUUUACUUUAAAAUGAGUUAUUUGGAACAAUUUAGAGAGACUAAUAUAUUUAUGAAAGUUCCUGUCAGUUACUUAGAUGUGUGAUGGGAUGUCCAUCUUAUUUGACCAAAUGCCACUGCACUGAUGAUCUUGAUGCUCGUCUUCAGAUGAUGAUUGAUUGAAUUUAUAUUAUGAACAUUUCUUACACAUACAAAUUAUUUUUUGUUAAAUUUUGUACUUGUUGUUCGAAUUUGGCUAAACCAUCUUUGAUAUCACCUGCAGUCAAAUAAAUGAAUAUGAUUUCACUGUUCAGUGAACAAUCGCUCUGUGCCAUUGAGCAAUGUUGGAGAGAGAGAGGGGAGAGUGAGGGAGAGAUUGAGGGAGCGAGAGAGAGAGAAAGGGGCGGAGGGGAGAGAGAGAAAGCACUGGUGGCUGACUGUUUACCUCCUAAGAAAUUUAAAUAGCAUAUUUAAACUUUUAAAACUUGGCGCCACGUUUCAUCCACCUCCAGGCUCAAUUUUGGAAGCCACGGGUUCCUUCACCUAUCCCCUUCACUACGUGGGCGUGGCUGCCUACUUGAGCGUCGUCUGCUUGUUGCUGCAGCCAAUCACAAAACGUCUGGAUGAGGUCAAAGCCAAGGAGCAGAUGCCCCAACCCGUCAUGGAAUCAGCCUCAUUUUGAGCACAUACUACCUCAUUGCUAGGCUGGAUAGUUAAACAAAGACCUCUAGAAUAGUAUGUAACAGUUUUUUCUGUUUUUGUUGGUAUUUUUGUUCCAUAUCAAUGCGGUUCUCUGAUUUUUAUGGAGUUCCAACAACAUAUUUUUACCAAUACAACUUCAUAAACCCA